AUGAAGUGCCUGAGUCGUUCUACUUUAGGUAUCGUUAUAGGCGCUAUAAAUAUUUUCGUUUAUGCCACAACUUUUAUUUAUAUAUUAACAGUGUUGAGUAACUUAAGUGGCUUAUCCGAAAAGGAAAAGGAGCGUAUUGAUAAUGUAUUGACCACAUCCGUUCCUAUACUCUUGAUAUUUUUGGGAAUCUGUGUGUUUGGCAUCAUUAUAGCCGGCCUACUAAUAGCGGGCAUUAUAAAGCGACGUCAUUCAUUAAUGACACCUUGGAUUUAUAGCUCGGUGGUGGGUAUUGUUUGUGAAGGAUUCCUACUGGUUAUUGGUUUCGUUAUGGAUGUUAUAAAUGGUCAGCCAGCUGUCAGUGUGUUUUCCUCUUUUAUAUUUGGCAUUUUUACAUUGGGUAUACAAAUCUUUAUAUUUUAUUUCAUCUAUAAACUAUACAAGGAUAUACGAGAUACCAAAACUGAAAAUGAUCAAAGUGGAGGCGAAAUCGAAGCGAAAUAG